AUGAAAGAUCAUGUGAGAAUACAUACCAAAGAGAAGCCAUUUACUUGUGAUUAUUGCCAAAAGUCAUUUUCUCAGAUUUCAAACUUAACAAGGCAUCUGAGGAUGCAUGCCGAAGAUAAACCAUAUACUUGCGAUUAUUGCCAAAAGACGUUUUCCCAUAACACAACCUUGAAACUGCAUUUAAGAGUGCAUACGAAGGAGAAACCGUAUUCUUGCGAUUAUUGUGGGAAGACAUUUUCUCAGUAUUCAAACAUGAAACAGCAUCUGAGGAUACACACUGAAGACAAGCCAUAUUGUUGUGAUUAUUGCGGGAAGACAUUCAUUCGAAUUCUAUACUUGAACGAUCAUUUGAAGAUCCAUACCCAAGAAAAACCAUAUACUUGUGACUAUUGUAAAAACGCAUUUUCUCUCCUUUCAAACUUGAAACAGCAUUUGAGAAUACAUACCAAAGAGAAGCCAUUUUCUUGCGAUACUUGUGGGAAAUCUUUCGCUAGGAGUACGUACUUGAAACAGCAUUUGAAGAUACACACCAAGGAAAAGCUCUCAGGCUUGAAACAGCAUUUGAGAAUACAUUCCGAAGAAAAGCCAUUCACUUGCGUUUAUUGCGGAAAGACAUUUUCCCAGCUCACGAACAUGAAAGAUCAUGUGAGAAUACAUACCAAAGAGAAGCCAUUUACUUGUGAUUACUGCCAGAAGUCGUUUUCUCAGAUUUCAAACUUAACGAGGCAUCUGAGAAUGCAUGCUGAAGAUAAACCAUGUACUUGCGAUUAUUGCCAAAAGACGUUUUCCCAUAACACAACCUUGAAACUGCAUUUGAGAGUGCAUACGAAGGAGAAACCAUAUUCUUGCGAUUAUUGUGGGAAGACAUUUUCUCAAUAUUCAAACAUGAAACAGCAUCUGAGGAUACAUACCGAAGAUAAGCCAUAUUGUUGUGAUUAUUGCGGGAAGACAUUCAUUCGAAUUCUAUACUUGAACGAUCAUUUGAAGAUCCAUACCCAAGAAAAACCAUAUACUUGUGACUAUUGUAAAAACGCGUUUUCUCUGCUUUCAAACUUGAAACAGCAUUUGAGAAUACAUACCAAAGAGAAGCCGUUUUCUUGCGAUACUUGUGGGAAAUCUUUCGCUAGGAGUACGUACUUGAAACAGCAUUUGAAGAUACACACCAAGGAAAAGCUGUAUUGA